GGUCCCCGUCAGCCGCCACGCUGGUCUUCUUAGCAUCUCAAUCACCCACAUGAGACUCACUCUUCCGUGGGUUCUUAGUCGGGCCUAGCACCCAGUGUCUAGCAAAGCGACAUCCCACCUUCUACUCUCAGCCGCAGGCGCGCCACGGGUCAGCCCGCCUGGAGCGCACUUUCCAGACAGGCAGCUCCGCGGCCACCUAGCAGGGUGGCGUUGCCUAGCAACGGCGGGGUCCUUUCUGGCUCGGUGGCGCUCCGGGCCUGAGAGGAGCGAACGGCCGCGGAGGGUGCUGGAGGCGGCGCCGUGGUGCAGGGGGCUGCCGGGGAACGGUGGCGAGGGCUCUGUGCUCCCUGGAACCCGACCUCUGCGCCCCGAGGAAGAUGAGCGAGGCGGACCAGGCCCUGGUGGGGCCCACGGCCGAAGAGCCCUCCCCGUCCCCAGAGGAGGAGGGCGAAGGGGGCGGGAAAGAGCCCGUGCCCGAAGCGGCCCCCGGGCCCAGCGCCGCGUUCCGCCUCAUGGUUACUCGGCGGGAGCCUGCCGUGAAGCUGCAGUACGCGGUGAGCGGCUUGGAGCCACUGGCCUGGUCUGAGGACCACCGCGUGUCCGUGUCCACGGCCCGCAGCAUCGCCGUCCUGGAACUUAUCUGCGAUGUGCACAACCCAGGCCAGGACCUGGUGAUCCACCGCACCUCGGUGCCCGCACCUCUCAACAGCUGCCUCCUCAAAGUUGGCUCAAAAACAGAAGUUGCUGAAUGCAAGGAGAAAUUUGCUUCCUCUAAAGACCCCACCAUCAGCCAGACUUUUAUGUUGGACAGGAUGUUCAACCCUGAGGGGAAGGCAUUGCCCCCAAUGCGGGGUUUCAAAUAUACUAGCUGGUCUCCCAUGGGUUGUGAUGCAAAUGGCAGGUGCCUUUUGGCAGCACUGACCAUGGACAAUCGCUUGACUGUGCAAGUGAACCUCAACAGACUCCAGUGGGUUCAGCUGGUUGAUCUGACUGAGAUUUAUGGAGAACGUCUUUAUGAAACCAGUUAUAGGCUCUCAAAAAGUGAGGGUCCUGGGGGAAACCUGGGGGAUUUUGCUGAGUUUCAGAGGAGACACAGCAUGCAGACCCCAGUCAGAAUGGAAUGGUCAGGCAUCUGUACUACUCAGCAAGUAAAACACAACAAUGAGUGCCGGGAUGUGGGCAGUGUGCUCCUGGCUGUCCUCUUUGAGAAUGGAAAUAUAGCUGUGUGGCAAUUUCAGCUGCCAUUUGUGGGCAAGGAGUCCAUCUCUUCAUGCAACACCAUUGAAUCAGGAAUCAGCUCCCCCAGUGUUUUGUUUUGGUGGGAAUAUGAGCACAAUAAUCGGAAAAUGAGUGGCCUGAUUGUGGGCAGUGCUUUUGGACCUGUAAAAAUUCUCCCUGUUAAUCUCAAAGCUGUCAAAGGCUACUUCACUUUAAGACAGCCUGUUGUCUUGUGGAAAGAAAUGGACCAAUUGCCUGUGCACAGCAUCAAAUGUGUGCCACUUUAUCACCCUUACCAAAAGUGUAGCUGCAGUUUAGUGGUAGCUGCAAGAGGCUCCUACGUGUUCUGGUGUCUUCUUCUGAUCUCAAAGGCAGGUCUGAAUGUUCACAAUUCCCAUGUCACAGGCCUUCACUCACUGCCCAUCGUCUCCAUGACUGCAGACAAGCAGAAUGGAACAGUGUACACCUGUUCUAGUGAUGGGAAGGUGAGGCAAUUGAUUCCUAUUUUCACAGAUGUUGCAUUGAAGUUUGAACACCAGCUGAUUAAACUCUCAGAUGUAUUUGGCUCAGUGAGGACUCACGGCAUUGCAGUGAGCCCCUGUGGUGCUUAUCUAGCCAUUAUCACCACUGAGGGCAUGAUCAAUGGCCUCCAUCCCGUGAACAAGAACUACCAGGUCCAGUUUGUUACUCUCAAGACCUUUGAGGAGGCAGCUGCUCAGCUUUUGGAGUCUUCAGUUCAGAAUCUCUUUAAGCAGGUGGACUUGAUCGACUUAGUCCGCUGGAAAAUUUUAAAAGAUAAACAUAUCCCUCAGUUUUUACAUGAAGCUUUGGAAAAAAAGAUUGAAAGCAGUGGGGUCACCUAUUUUUGGCGUUUUAAGCUUUUUCUCCUAAGGAUUUUGUAUCAGUCAAUGCAAAAAUCCCCUUCAGAGGCCUUAUGGAAACCCACCCACGAGGACUCAAAAAUCUUACUGGUUGACUCACCUGGGAUGGGCGAUGGUGAGGAUGAACAGCAAGAAGAAGGCACUUCCAAGCAGGGGACUAAGGCUGGCCUGCAGGAGAGGGGCAAAGAGGGUGACCCAGAGGAGCCCCCUGAAGACUCACUCACUGCCAUGGGAGAUGCCGGAGGCCGUGAGCCCAUAGAGGAGAAGCUCCUGGAGAUCCAAGGGAAGAUUGAGGCUGUGGAGAUGCACCUGACCAGGGAGCACAUGAAGCGGGUCCUGGGAGAAGUGUACCUGCACACCUGGAUCACGGAGAACACCAGCAUACCCACCAGGGGACUCUGUAACUUUCUGAUGUCUGAUGAGGAAUAUGAUGACAGAACGGCUCGGGUCCUGAUUGGACACAUCUCCAAGAAGAUGAAUAAGCAGACCUUCCCCGAGCACUGCAGUCUGUGUAAGGAGAUCUUACCGUUCACGGAUCGCAAGCAGGCAGUUUGUUCCAAUGGGCACAUCUGGCUCCGGUGCUUUCUAACCUACCAGUCCUGCCAGAGCUUGAUAUACAGACGGUGUUUGCUCCACGACAGCAUUGCCCGGCACCCUGCUCCAGAAGAUCCUGACUGGAUUAAGAGGCUGCUGCAGAGCCCUUGCCCUUUCUGUGAUUCUCCUGUCUUCUGAGUGUCAGAGAGGAGGAUGGAGAUGGACUCGGCUGUAGGAAGUGCCCUGGAGCCUCGAGUAGGUGUGCUGGAGGAAGCCUGGCGCUCACAGGACAGUGGAGAGACUCCUGCCUUGGAAGGAGGGAGGUCAUCCCUGAGCUCAGUUUGCCAGCACAUGCACUACCUUCAGGAACUGAAGAUAUCUUUUCAAUGACUAAAUGCAAAGAGUUUGAGUCAUUUUGAGGUGAACAUUAGCCACCCCCAGCUCCUCACCCAAUGAGGUCCACUUACUUUUCAAGUGUCUUGCGUAAAUCAGUUUGAGUGGAAGCUUCUGCCCCUUGAGACACAAUGGGCUCUUCUAGAGAACCUGAGGACCUCACUGUGGGUUCGGUUUUCAUCUUUGCUUUGGUCUGGAACUGCCUGUGGCUCCAGAGGACUCAAGUUGGUUGGUACGUGACACCCCCGUGCCAGUACAUCUUGAAGUGUCUAAAGCUGUGUGUGACUGGUGUUUGCUCGCAGACUUGUUUCCAUGCACAUGGAAGACAUUUUCCUAAAACUAUAUUUUUGAAGCCAAGAAUAAAAUCAAUCUUGAUGUAUCAAAUGAUCAGGUGACUGUUAGAAGUUAAUGAUUGUCCUUUAUUUUUAUCUCCUGUGUCAUCAGAUUUCCUGACCUAGCUCCUUAGUAUGUCAGAAGAGAGUGAGUACCCCUUCCUCAUCACAGCCCCACUUCAUACCCAACUGUGUGGCCAAGAUACUGGUACAUAAAGGGGAAGUACUUUCUUUAGUAUUAAAUUGAAGCUUCAGUAUUUUUAGCAUUGACUUACCCAGACCUUUCACUGAGUAUCUGGGGGGAGUUGGUGUAGAGACUUCUGUGGAGUUGGAGGUCCUUGAGCUCUGUGCUGCAAGCAUGUGCAGCUCAAGUGGACAAACCUGGGGCUUCUUCCCCUGCCAAAGGCCCUUAAUAAUUGGAAUACAGGUAUUUUUUGUGGGCUUGAAGAAGAGACACAUACUAUUGGUUGACUGCUAGCUCUUAACCAGACCUGAAGCAUUCAGGGAUCACAGUCUUGAGUUUUUAAAGUAAGUUUCCUAGGAUUGGUGCUAAUGAGCUGGACUGGUGCACACAUUCGGGAAUUGUACGUUUUGGAAAGUGGGGUGGAAAGCACAGAACAUGAAAUGCUUUGUUCCUUCAUCAUCCUUUAGACUUUAUCCUAACAUUCUUUCCUGCUUUGAUUUUAUAUCUGUAGUGAAAGACAUUCUGUCCUCCCUUCAGAAAUAGUGUCUUGUAUUUGGGUACCAGAGUGAGAGAAAGACGUGCCAUCCUGUCACACUUCCUGCCUUGAAAAAUAGCUCCACACUGGUGACAGGCCCUAAGCGUCACUGCCAGAAGCUGCUCUGAAAUGUCCUGUUAAGGUUGUUUAAUGAAUUGUUAGCUAGGGUCCUUAAUGUCCUGACUUGGGGUUGUUUCAAGAACAGUAUCUAUCCAGACCUGAGGUGCAGCAAAGAAAGAGCCCUACCCAGUUCAGACUCUACAUGGCUGCAGCAGAGCCUGCAACUGUCACUCUUCACAGGAAACAUGGCAGGAGUAGAGAUGGUAUUGAUAGUUGUCCCCAGUCUGUCAACCACGCAUGCCAAGUCUCCUUUCUCUUGCUCUUUUGAAUCAAACGCCCAGUGUGUUCACAUGGAAUUUGUGCUAAUAACCAUUUAAAACCUAAUUGAUUGCUUAAAGCAGUUGCUCAGUUUUGAGAAAUUUUAACAAUUUGGAGUAAUGAAAGGGUUUCUAGGAUCUGUACUUGUGUACAGGAAGAAACAUGGCAGCUGGAACACAAAUUCUCAAUAAGGGGCUUGGCCCCGCAGUAUUCUUAGGACGCUGAAAUCCAGCCACAGCCAGUUGUUUCCACAGCUAGUAGGGGUUCCUCCCUCCCCUCUAACAUCCUCCCUUACUCCCACCACACACCGAUGUUAAUCUUGAGAGUUGGGUGCACAAGAGAAUUUAGGAUUGAUGGCAGCCUCCUGCAUAGGGCACUUCUGAGUUCUUCUCUAAGGGUCAGUAUAUAGAACCCUGGAGGGUUGAUUGGAAAAAUGGGAGUGACAUCAGUCUUGUGCCUUUUCCAGCUCAAACGUGCCUGUGCUGCUUGGUGAAGAACUUGAGGUGGUUUCGAUUGCAGCUGUAGUAGCUGUUUUAGCAUGGGAGCAAGAGUGGCCAUCGAAUUGCUGCCUUACGUUUAGAAGGCUAGAGCACACUACAGAGAUCCCACAAGCUGCAACGCUGCUAUGUAUCAGGUCUUCUCUGCCUGGGGGUUAUUGGUUUCUAUUAUUCUAGGUAGGAAAUGGGUAGCUUGUUCUGGUUGGUGUUCAUGCUGAAGUCCUGAUUUGUUCACCCCUAGACUUGAAGCUGUCUUUAUCCACUACAAGAUCUGCUAGAAGUUGUCAUGAGCACCAGCAAAGUCUGUGGUCAGAUGUAACAUUUUCCUGCUUGUCCCUCUAGGUUCUAGCAAGUUUUUAACAUCUAUGUAGAAGCAUGUAGGCUAGACCUAGCAACAAGCUUUGCAAGUUAAUUGAAUUGGGAAAGUUUAUGUUUGUUUGUUUUAUUCUGUUUUUUUGAGACAUGGUUUCACUAUGCUAUAGCCCUGGCUAUCAUGGAAUUCCUUUUGUAGACCAGGCUGGCCUUGAACUCACAGAUCUGCCUGCCUCUGCCUCCUGUAUUGGGAAAGUUUAAUCAUUUGCUUGGCUAUGAGGUAUUGGAUUGGAAGGACGUCCCUGCAGGGUCUAGAUGAAGUGGAUUGUUUGGCUUUAGUUCCUGGGAAGCAUCAGUGCCCCUCAUACACUUUAGACUGGGCCUCAGACUCUCAUUAGACCCUCAGCUGCGCUUUCUUGAAGCUGAGACGUUCUUGAAGUUAAAUUAGCCUUGUGUCUAGCUCAACCUAAGUGCACAGUAGGUGAAUUAUCCUUAAAUGGAACUAAGCUACACUCAAAAGCCUUGCUUCUAGCUGCCUACAGACAUGGCAGCUCUGCCAAGUAGCAGGCAAAAGGCAGUGUUCAUGGAUUUUAUUCUUCAAGGCCAUGCUUGUAUGAGGGGAGAGAAUGAUGCAGUCAGGAUUCUAGUCAUGAGCUUAUUUAUUUAGAGCCCAACAGGACCUAAGCAUUCCUUCUCUGUGAUUGAGCUGAGUAGAAAUGGAGACAAUACGCAGUGCAAUUACUCUGUAGACUCUCAAGCAAAACUCUGGUCCUGCGUUGAGUAGAUCGCAUUUUGUAGUUCUGAAUCUUCUGUUUAUUUUUAAGGUUAAAAGUUCCUUAUCUCAAGGCUGAGGGUGUAGCUUGAUGGGUAGAGCACUUGCCUAGCAUUCACAAGGCCUCAAGUUCCAUCCUCAACACUGCAGGGAGCGGGUGAGGAUUUACUGUUUACAUCACUAUCAUGAAGUUCUGUUGUUUUCACAAAGAAAAAUACAAUAGAUUGGGUGAGGCAUGGUGGCACACACCUCAGGAAGCUGAGGCGAGGCAGGAGGGUCAAGUUGGAGGCCAGUCUGAGCUAUGUGGAGAGAACCUGCCUCAAAAAGCCAAAACUGGUUAGGUUGUGCAUCGGAAGAGGCGGUAGUGACGCUGUUGACGUUUUCAGCCCAGAUCUUCAUUUGGCUAACAUGAUAGGAUGAGUGCUUGUGUUCUCACUGUCUCUCUGUAUGGUACUAAUAUAAGCUCAAACACAAGUGUCCCAUGGAUUGUGUUUUUUCAAAGCUUUGUUUCACAUUUGUUUUUGACAUGACAUGGAUGUGAUGUGAGCAUCACACUUGUUUAAACAGAUGUCUGUUAGGCUUAGUGGUUUUACCCUGUUUACCCGAUGCUUGUGCUAAAGUUUGUGCUUGGCUUUGAAUUGUAUGUUUACACCUGACUGUUUUUAAAUAAAGAGAAAAUUUUACGGCUA